AUAACCUCACAUUUAACCCUCAUCUAAUACAUUUACUCAGCGGUCUAUUUGACAGACCAUCAGUGUUGUCUCAACCUCCCGUUUCUCUCUAUUCAUGACCCUUCUCAUCGUUUUGUUUUGCCGAUCUUGUCUUACGGCUGAGCAAUAGAGAAGAACAUCGGAGUUCGUCUACCGUUUGGCCGGUGGUUUCUUAAUCCACCACUACUACGGCGCUACCUUUUUUUAUUAAAGACAAAAUGAUGAAGCAGCAAAGACAGAAAGCUGAGCGUUCCAAAGCUGCCACUGUAGAUGACCCAGAUGUAAAGGUGGACUUCAAGUCUAUCCUGAAAGACAUCCAAUUUUUAGGUUCCCCACACAUGACAUGGAAGGAGAAGAAGGAUUUGGAAAACAAAAAAGUUGCUUCUCUUGGGGGAAAGCAUCCAAAGAAGCAGAGACUUCCACUUAGUGUGGCUCGGGUGAUGAUGAAGAAACAGAAGGAGAGGGAGCAAAAAGAAUUAGAAGAGAAUUUAGUUCUUAGGCGAUUUGGGAUAAAUAACGGAUGCAGCUCUAGAAGAGAAACUCAAAGGCGCAACCCUGAGGACAGGGUACUAAAAUCAAGUGAAGGUCGGUUCAGGAAUGGCGUGCUCGAUGUAAAAGGUCUGUUCAAACCAUCUACGUCGACAGCUGUCCCUGAUGAGAAAAAGUUUGCUCCUUACAAAGGUAUGAAGAAAAAGGGGGGCAAUAAGAACAAGGGCAAGAAGGGUGGCCGUGGAAAGCGCCACUAGAUAUGCUGUUAUCGUUUCAUAAGAGGCGUGGUUUGCAAUUUUGCUAUUCAGUGUAUUCGAAAUAGUCAUUUAAUGUCUUAUUGUUAGCUGUUAAGAUUUAUAAACUAUGUUGCACAGAGAACCAGAAUUUGUACGUGAAAUUCAAAAAGUGAGCUAUCGUGCUUUACUAUGAGUUAUACAGAGUAUCUAUUUGCCUUUUGAUACUAGUAUUACUUUUUCAUUAACUUGUAAGCAAUUUAUUUUGUAAGGGCUAUUAUAAUGGUAAUUUACUGCUUCAUGUUGAUAACUUGAUGAAAAUGGCUCCUCCUAUUUUCACUAACAUAAAGAGAUCAAAAUGGA